CAGCGCUAUCGACAACGUUGACAAAGCUCUAGCUGGCUAGAAACGAUCGUUGAACGUACAGUCAACAAGGCUAUACGACGUGUUGGCAAGCUAAUGAGUCACGAUAUCUGCGGCAAGGGAAUAUAUUCACUCAGCUUUGACAUGUUUGUCAUUGUUUAGGCUUGGACGUAGUUCAGCCAACUUUGUCGGCUGGCGCUGUUAUCGAUAUGCGAACCAACUUGUAAGGCACGCGGAUUGUUCGCCUCUCGUUCACUAGAGUUCUUAUAUACGAACUUGUAGUCGUUCCCAGCAACACGUACGUGAGCACUGUCGAUUCAAAAACCGUAUGAUGACGUACUGCGGACCCCGCACCUACCGCGCCUUGUGCCAGUGGGUGCCCACCAGUGGCUCACACAUCCCCCUGCACGCCGUUUACGGUGGAAAUGAUUCAACGGGCGAAACUCUGUACAUUGGUCGUUCAAAACACGAUGAGGAUAUCAUUCCCGGCAAAGUUGUACCAUCUCACCAGUGUUGCUACGUGCCUUGGGGCGGUGAGGAGAACCGUUACGGACAAUAUGAGAUCCUUGUAGCCCAGUCAGAGUCUGAGUUCGCCUGGGAGCCCGCUAGUGAUGGUCGUCUUCCCACUGGAGCUGUUCAGGGCGGAGCCACCGGGACGGGUGAACCUUUGUACAUAGGCCGUGCUCGCCACGAAGGUUCUCUGACGAUUGGCAAGGUUCAGCCAUCUCAUCAUUGCUGUUACAUUCCGUACGCCGGUCAGGAAAUUUGCUACACAGACUACGAGGUACUCGUCUGCCGAGUGAUCCGUCUGUCGUAUUGAUAAAGUUCUCCUAAUAAUAAAAAAUAACGACGGACAAUUGCGCGUACGCCGUAUAUUUGACGGAUACGUUAACGACUCUAGUGCCCUGACCGCAUUCGUAUCAUAAGUCACGACCAAAGUGCGAAUGAAUAAGGCUACUACCGGUAUUCUUUCUUCUGCAGUACAAUUUUUAUUCGUUUCUAUAUUAUAUCUGGAUGCAGACAAUUCUGUUGUGGAAAAAACCGCACUGAAACUCGGAGAACACUGGGUUCGAUAAAUAGUUCUAGCCAUUUAUGUGUUAACCAGUGAUUUGAAAACCAUCAGUUUGUUCUACAAAUAUGCAGAAUUUUUACUUUAGAAGGGUUUUGCUAGCUUUUAGUAAGCGUCAAUGCAAGCGUCCCAGUUAUUGAAUACUAAUAUAGACGGGAAAUGUUUAUCGUCCUGCAAAAAUCCACCAUACCGGCCAAGUCAGAGCCUUGUAUUAGUAUUUCAAAGACGUGUGUGGGUGUCUCUCACUAAUGAUUAUGUUUUAUAUACGCAUAAAUAAAUAUAACGUGGGAACGUAAACGCAGUUGA